AACAAAACAGAUGAGCUUUUGGGAUAGUUUUGCAGUAAGGAAAUUAGAUCAUAUUUGAUCUAUAUUGUAGGGUUAGGGUUAGCUUGGAUCAGUAUACAUAGUUUUAGUCCCCUCACACCUAUUUAUAGUGUUGGCCCUUGCAACAAAGUCAUCUGUAACUCGACGCCAUCUGUUAAGUCAGAGCAUGUUGAAUGUCAGUUGCCAGAAGCAGAAUCACUGCAGCUCAUUUCCCGCUGACUCCCUUCACCAAGAGCCCCAUGGAGUGUGUGGGACAACCAAGACUUUCCAUGGCCUGUAACCUCCUGGAAGUACCGGGCCUCAGCUACUCGGAUUUUGACGAGGAUGAGGGUGAAGUGGUUAUCGGCAUCAGGCCCAGAUUUUCACCUCAACCACGGAGAAAGAGCUCUAUCAGCGACGAUGACUCAGGACCUGAUCCUCCCUAUUGCAGCUCAAGGAGAGUGUCCUUUGCAGACGCCAAAGGCCUCAGUUUGGUACAAGUGAAGGAGUUUGACACAUGGGCUGUUCCCAAACUUCAUUCAUCUGAGGGCGACAGUAAUGAGGCCAAGGAAUACUACCUGUCUCCUCUCACCUUCACUCUUCCCUUACCUACCGAGAAGUUGCUCGUCAAAGUGCGAGACCAGAAAGUGGAGUUGGAGUCAAUUGAGUUACUUCCAGGGACCACAAUACUGAAAGGUGUGAUCCGUGUCCUCAACAUCUCCUUCAGUAAGACAGUUUAUGUCCGAACCACUUUGGAUGCCUGGUCCAGCCACUUUGACCUGCUGGCAGAGUACAACCCUGGUUCCAGUGAUGGUCUGAUGGACUGUUUCUCAUUUAUGCUAACAUUAGUGCCCCCCCUUGGCGAGCAGGGUAUCAGAGUUGACUUUUGUCUGCGGUAUGAAACUCCUGUGGGGACAUUCUGGGCUAACAAUAACCACAGGAAUUACGUGCUGUUCUGUCACCAGAAAAUGAAAGACGGACCACAGAAGGACAAUGAGAGCAAAAAAGGCUGCCUCAAGGCUGUCAGUCAGAUCUACCCCUCUGAGGAAAACAUUUCCGGCUCAGAUGCAUCAUCACAGGAAAGUAUCUCAGCAGAUGAAUUGAAACUUGGUGAGGAAGUGAACUCUAUGAAAGCCAGUCAAAGCUCAGAUGAUCGGUCCAUAACAACUGCAGAAGGUGAACAGAAAUUAGAGACUGAAAAUAGACCAUUCAUCAGCCGACGAAGGGCCAGAAAGGCCGCACGGUUAGCCCGGGUGAGGGACCAUUUUGCUCAAAGAAGUAAAGAAGGGAGUGACACUGAAAGAGAUGAAACACCUCCAGAAGUAAAGCAGACAGCACAAGAAGAAAAGCCACAGGAGGAGCACUCAAAUGUGCCACCAUUUUCUGAGGAGAACAGUAAAUCAGACGUUUCUUCAUUUGCUUCCAACUCCAUGGGAGUCCGCAAAUCCCUUGUUGACGUUCCACGUGACUUUUUGCAGGCAAGUCACAACACAGCUUCCAAUGAACCGGAGAAGUGUGAGAGCAACGAAAUGGAUGACUUGGCCACAGGAGGUGUGAGUGUCACAGAAAUCCCAGACAACCCACUGCGUUUAAAUGACCAGCGUACUCAUGCCGAGCGGCAAAAUGUAACCAUGUCUGUCUUCGGAGCUGAGGAGGAAAGUCAGAUGCAAAACACAUGUCAUGGACCUGUGAACAACACUGCACCUGAUCCAGUUGACAGUGUUACUUCAUCAGAGAUCAGCGAGAACCCCGUUGGUCAGAACAACCGUUUCACAUUCGGAACUGUGGUGGCUCCUCUGUAUCAUCAGAUGCUUGGCAGAGAGGGAAGUGAAAGACAAAGCACAGCUGACAGGGGAAGUCCUGUAAGGGUCACACUGAGUACUGGCGAUCGGAGAAAAGAGAGUUGCUGUACUGGUUCAACUGGUGUUGGACAUGACACAGUUCAGGGAAAUGUGAUGAACGCUCAAGAAUCAAACCAAAGUCCCUCCAAUGUGGAGGAACAGAGAAGUGACAGCGUGAUGGCAGAAGAUGUCCUGGAUCCUCCAGCUCAGAUUAUACAGUCAGACCACACAUGCACAAAUACAGCUGAAGACCCAAUCAUUGUAUCUGGAGAUACAGAAGUACAUCAACACUGUGGAAACAUUUUAAGCACUGAUACACUGAGUGCACAAAUACCCCCUCGGAGGUUACAUCUGCGGGGAAAAUCCCGGGGGGAUACCAAACCUUGUGACUUCCAGAACCAAACUACAGCAGAAAGAAAAAUUGAAACUAAUAUAAAUGAAACUGUUUUACCAACUGAAUCUCAACAAGUCAGGCCCACUAUAGGACCAUCGUUCACUCAGCAGGAGCAUGCUAGCAGUGAGACACACCAAGAAACCAGGAGCGGUGGAGAAUAUGACUGUCAGUGUGUAAAUGAGUCAAACUCAGAGGCUGAUAUUGGCAAAGAUGAUACAGAAUCAAUAACCAAUUCAUCUCCAAAGUUGGAUAACCUUUUAGAAGCUUCAUAUGAUUUGAAUUCUGAUCAAAUACAUCGUUCAGAUUUCUCCACACCUGGGUCAUGUCAGGAAACUAAGAACGAAACUAGUUAUGUGGAAGAACAAAAUAAGAUGACUAACCAUGAAGAUGAAUCUCAAAAUUCGGCUGAAACUGAGGUUAGUGAUGAGGCAACAUGUGAUGAUGACAUGUUUGUGAAGUUGAAAGAUGAAGACUCUUUAAUAGAUGAACCAAGAUCAGCGUUUUUAAAACAGGAGCAUGUUACUUUAGCAGACACUACUGAUGUAAAAAAGUGGGAAAUGAUGGUUGAUGAGGAGGAGAGGACUAUCUUACUCGAGGCAAUGAGAUCAGACACUGAAGCAGAUCAAGGAGGGCAGUUAGAGGACACAGUGAUAGGUACGACAUUAGAAAAAGAAAGAGGGAAAACACACGGAGAAGUGUGUGAGGCUCUCACAGCUGCAGGAGUGUAUGAUGGCACGGCUGAAGAUGCUGUGAUGUUAGAGGACAAGGGAGUUCUGUCCUCUUCAAGAGCUGAAGAGGAAGAAACGUUGGAGGCUGUGGGUGGUAUAGAAUAUGUUCAAGCCACACAGACGGUAACAACAGCUGGGGAGGAUGGUCAAACCAGUGUCCAAGAGGUAAAGAAGAUAGUGAUAGAAGAAGAGAUAAAAACAAGAGAAGAAAAGACAGAAGAUGAGGAGAUCAUUGGUGAUGAAGCAGGAGACUCAGGCGAUGUAAAUGCGGAGUCAGUCGGCAUAACAACAGAUGACAGGGGAGAUGAGGUGAGGUGUUUCGAAGGGAGUUUAGACAUUACACAAAACAACGGUGAGGAUGCUUUAUCUCCUAUGAUGAACAGUGUUCAGAAGAAGAGAGUAACUGGCAGAGACAGGGAGAGGGUAAAUGCACACAUUCCACCUGAAAUCGAUCUUUACAACGAGGAGGAUUUUCAAAGCAGCGAGGAUGUUACACAUGACCGAUCACAGGGAGACUUGUGCUCUGUCACAGAUGAACCUGAAAGUGACCAAACAAACCAUAACAGCGCAUCAUCGGAGUCCGACUCAGACGAUGAGGUGGAGUUGUACAUGCACUGUCUGAGGGCUGUUCACACUGGGGCUCAGGCCACUAAAGACAACGACACAGGGUUUAGUGCGGGCAAAAGGGGCUCUAUAAGCAGGAGGAAGUCACUGCCCACGCCCAUGCCUUCCAUCUGCGAGUCUCUGGAUGAAGAACCACACUUCGGCGGCUUUCAGGACAACCAUGAAGACCUGAACCCAGCAGAGUUCCAACCUGCACCUGCACCUGCACCUGCACCUGCAGCGCCAUCAGUGUCAAGUGGACAGGAAAGCAACAGUAGCGAUGUGUCAUGGUGGAAAGAGACUUUUUCCUGCAGCAAUGUUUCCAAAACUUUGUUAUACACUACACUGUUAGUGGCGUUUCUAGUCGUGGCAUGCCACUAUGAUUUUCUUGCCUGUUUUGUGCUCUACUUGAUAUCAAUAGUCUGGCUCUACUGUCAACGAGAGCAACAGCCAUCCAAGAACAACAGCAGAAUGGAAUGAAAUCAUUUUUUGAAAUCGUAAAUGAAAUAUAUCAGUUUUAGUUGUGAAAAUAUUUAACACAGACUUCUAUGGUUUU